UUUAAUUGCCAUGUAUCAUCACAGUAACAGCCUACAUACAUUAGCAGCUCAUAAAAACAUUACAAAAUGGUUUGGUGCCGACCUGUGUGCAACCUGUGUCUCACGCGCCACUCGUGAUGAACACUUGUCUCCGCCUCUCACAAUAAACGGUGGGGGGCGUUUCAGUCAGCUGCACCAACUCCCUGAAGCUAAACACACACGUCUCUGCUGUGUAUUAGCUGUCACCGCAAAACAACAUGUCGGGAUUUAAACUUCUACGGACACCUCCGGGGAGUCUGGUCGUGUUUGUCUGCCUGCUGAUGUCGGUUGUGGAAAAUCUCCAUAAGGGGCCAGGUGUCAAAGUGUUGGUGAAAGAACACGAUGAUGCCAUUUUACCCUGUUCCCUCAGCACCAGGGAGAACCUCGAAGGAAUACUCUUUGACUGGAGGAAAAAUGGUCAGAAAAAUGGUCAGAAGAAGGAGGUGUUCCUGUAUGAUGCAGGUGAUCAUUACAAUAACGGACAUCAAGGUCAAGAUGAGCAGUUCAAAGGUCGAGUCUCACAUUUUCAAGAUCAACUGAUGAAUGGCAACGCCUCCAUAAAGAUCCAGAAUAUGACGAUGGCCGACAGCGGGAACUACAGCUGUGAUUUUCCACAUCUUCAGCCGAGUCAAACAUUCAACAUUGAGCUCGUUGUUGAGCUUACCUUAAAAGACCGAUCAGGAGAAAUCCCUGGUACAUGCCCAGAGCCAUACAUCAAAACACUUAAUGACAUGAAGGAUGGGCUGCUGCUGCAGUGUGAGGUUCGAGGAGCUUCUCCGAAACCAAAGGUCCAGUGGCAGGACAGCGCUGGAAACAUCCUGCCGUCUGAGGGAAAGUGCUCAGAGAGAGGAGGCCUUUACUACGUUACCCGCUGGACAGCUGUAACCAAGACUGACCAAUACCGCUGUGUGGUCACUCAGGAGGAAAUCGGCCAUCAGAUUGAUGCUGAGACCUUCGUGCCUUUCUGUGAGAAGCCCUGUGAGGACUGCUCCGCCAAGAAUCUCAUUGGAGGGUUUUAUGGAUUCAUUAUAGGAGUUGUAGUUCUUGCUGUAGCUAAGGCUCUGCUUGUAGCUACAAAGCACUUCAGAGCUAAUUAAGAUUUGAACCCUUCUGUCGAUAUACAUGAGGCCUCUGGUUCUAAAACUGAGUGAUUAAAUCAAAAGAAAGUCUCUUUUGGAUGUAAAUUAAUGCCUUUUAAUCCAAAUUAUCAUUUAAUAAACGAUACUUUGCAUCAACCCUCAAACUGAAUUAAAGCCAGCUGGCUGCAGAACAAUUAAAAAAAUAAAAUGCACUCAGCUAGUUUUCCAAAUCUGUCAGUUUAAUACUUCUAGUGUGUCGUUGGCCUGAAUAUCUCAGGCUGUGACGUUUUCCAGAAACAGUUCAAGGCUCUUUGAAAUAAAGCUGAUAUGAGCAGGUGUUCUCUGUAAGAGAGACAUGAGGAGAUUAGGUGUUAGCUUAGCUUAGCAUAAAGACUGGAAGCCGGAGCAAACACUCAGUGAAAAGCACAAAAACUAAAAAUAAACUCUCAGUUUGGACUUUGUUGUGAAGAGCUGUGAAGUGAAUUACCAACCAAUAUUUGUCUCCAUAGACUGAUGACAAUGGAUUUUUAUUUUAUUUGCAAAAAGCAAAUUUAAGGUUCUUUAAGGUUCUGAUCCUGGAGCUGUCGGGUCUGUUUUAGAACACUCUCUCUCUUUUCUCUGGUCCUCUUUCUCCUCCAUUCACAGUGCAAACAACUUGACUAAAUACGGUAAAUAAACAUUUUUAUUUUAUUUUUUAAAUGCUGUAAAUGGUAGUAUUAAUUGUUGAAUGGCAGCAUUAGAAGUUUGAACACACGGUCACUGGAUGAGCUUGUUGGUAGAAUACGCAGCACCGCUCCUGGCGGUCGUCGACAGUGAGGUGUCUCUGCAGGUAAUGCUGCUUUGUCACUCAUUGCCCGCCUGUCUUCACCUUUAGUUAUUCUCUUGUGAACUGACCCAACCCUGCCCAACCCCGGGGGUCUGUUGAUGGGUCCUGCAGGUUUUGGUUCAGCUCAUUUGGAAUUUCUCUCUGGCUGCACAAGUGCUUCCAGAUUAAAACUCUAUGGACAAAUAGCUCAAGGCAAGAACGUUCCUUCAUGGUAUAAAAAAAAUAAAAACAAACACACACAUGAAGAUUAACUGCAGCAUUUGAAUGGCAUUUUUUUUUUUAAUUGACUUUGGGUUCCCCGGUAGCUCAGUUGGUAGAUCAUGUGUUUCACUUUUAGAGGCGCUGUGGAGGGUGUGAUUAGUUCAUCACAGCUGAUCACAUCGGUUUGAUCACAUUUAACAUAGUGAUCAAAUUGGCCAGAUGUCUUUUAAUUAAAGGGAUAGGAGACAGACAGGAAUCACUACUUAAGGUCCGGAGGUCAAAGGGCUCUAUUUUCUUCCUCACCAUGAAAAUCCAAAAAGUUGACAUCAUAUAAUAUGUAUGUUUCUUUGUUUUCUACAGGUCCUCGUCAUCUGGGAGCUGAUUAUAAUCCAGCUGCAGAGUCCAAUUCACUUGAUUGAUUCCUUUAUCUGUCGUAAAGGUGUGUGAAUAUACAGUAUAUUCAUGUGCAUUCUCAGUGAAAUAUGCAUUCUACAACCUUAUGGUGGAUCUUUGUGGAACUUCAUCAGUUGUUGAUCAGACUUACAGAGUGGAUUUGACAAACAGAUGAGAUGUUUUCUUACUCUGUAAGGCAGCUCAACUACGUUAAAUAUGUACAGAUUCCUAAAUGAUAACAAGACUGAAGGUUCACAAAGAUCUCAUAGGGCGUUACAAACGUUAUAUUACCUAAAAACCAAAGAUGGAGCUACACAACAGUAUACUCUGUGAUAAAUAAUGAGUUUACAAAUUUAAAAAGGGACCUGAUGAAACUUAAGUGACUUACAAGCAGUAUUUUAUGGGAUCAUAUCGUUCAUAGCAAUACUCAGGUGACCUGUCAAACAGAUUCAUGGUGCUGAGACUCUUUUUUUAAAUUAUAGUUUGAUCAUGUGCCUUAAAUGCCAAAACUUAGAUACACUAACUCAAUGUCAGUCGAGGGAAGCUUCAGAAAUAAAGCAAUAAUGGUCGAUACCCUGAAUGCUGAGCAUUAACAGUGUGAAUAAACUGGUUGGAAGAGA